GCCGCCAACUCCGGUGCCAAGAUCACCCUCGACAAUGAGGGCCAAGUCGAGUUCAUCGCUGAGAAGGAGAUCGAUCACGUCCUCUGUGUGCGAGUCAUUGACAUCAAUAUGGGCGAGGUUAUCGGCCAGGCUAAGCUUGCUGUCGAGUACGGCGCGAGCUUGGAGGAUAUCGUCCGGACAUCAUACCCUCACCCUACACUAAGCGAGACAUUCAAGGAUGUAGCAUUGGCUGCAUACUUCCAAGCU